AAAAGUUGAAGUAAUUGAAGGGUGUGCACUUCAUCUUAGACUUUUGCAGAUAAUUAAAUAUACAGAUGCUUUAAACUUUGCACAAUCAAGUAAAACAAUGAUUGAAAAUAGCCUAUUAACAAAUUAAAUUAAUUGUUUAAAAUAAACGUUUGUGAAAUAAAGUGCAAUGAGACCCAUUAUUCAUAUGCGAGACGGCGAGGUCAAACAACGUUACGGACGCCUCAACCUCACCUGUCCUUUACCCAGACAAAACCAUUGAGAUAACAUGCAGCGAUAAUCUGAACGCACGUGUUUUUAUUUUGCACAUAAAUGCGAUUUUACACAAAAGCCAAAUUGUCAGGAAAGCUAACAGUAUUUUAUAACUUUGAUCAAAUUGUUCAUAUGAACUGUUUUACCUGUUUUCUGCGAGCGGCUCACCCCCGUAAGCGCUUGAAGAUGGUCUCGUCCUUGUUGCCUUUAGGGCUUGGAGAAAUUAUUGCUUGAGAAUGCGUUCCACAGAAGACAACCAGAUAAACAUUUGGCGUCCUGCACGAUGUACAGCUUGAAAAGUGAAGUCCGAAUGGAGUUUGACAUGCAGUAAAAUAAAAGUUUUAUGUGCAUAUCUUUUUAUCAACUAAUUAUUUUGUUCAGUAGGUGCUCUGCAGUAAAUUAAGAAGUUACACAGUGGCUCCCCCAUCUGGACACUGGUCACCACAGCAGUGUGGACAUCAAUCUGAGCCACAGCACUAUAAUGGCAUGUCUCACUUGACUACAAGGAGCUGAGGGUUAAGUGGGAGGCUGAAUUCACAAGACUUCCUGAAAUCAAUUCUAUGGAGGUCAGAGGUCACCUGAUCACUGCCAUGGGCUUAGGAGCUCCAGAUGUCCAAGGCUGUCAGGACAGCAAGCUGCACGCAGAUCGAAUCUCAGAGCUGCAGGAGCGAAAACAGAGUCUGCAGAGUUUAUUAAACAGCCGCCUCAAUGAACUGCGACAAGUUUGUCUUCAUGAAGCGGAGCUCACAGGGAAGCUGCCACGUGAUUUUCCUCUAGAAGCAGGGGAAAGAGCUCCCUUCAUUCAGCGCCGAGCAGGCCUGGCUCCAUACGUGACUUCGAAAGGAGAGGAUGACUCAGGCCAGCGAAGGCAGAUGAAGACUCUGUUCAGUGGUGCCCUACGCAGGAGCAUUGAAUCUGACAAAAACAUGUUGCACAGUAAGAGGACCGUUCACCGGGGAUGCCACACAGAGGAAACUGUGAAGUCAGAGAGCAGUUCGAUGUCAGACUCGACAUCUCAUGACAAUGAGGACUCUUCUCCAAGUGUGGCACCUGAGCAUCGCUCCUUGUCUCAUCCCCGGCUGGCCCCAAACAGUCCUGACAGCCGGCUCUGUAGGAAGCUCUCCCCUGUGGAAAUCUACUAUGAGAUGCGAACUCGUCGUAACUCUGCCUCAAGCUCUGUUAGCCCAAGUCACUCGCUCCCAAGAAGUGCAUCCAAUGUGGAGGGCAGAAGUGUUCCAGCAACGCCCCUACUGCCCCGCACAGCACCAGUCAGCGUCCACAUGAGGCCGGAGAUAUCUGGUGGUAUUGCGCUAAAGCAGUGGUGUGGCAGUCCAGAUGUUCCUCAGUUUGUACCGCUAGCAUCUUUAGAGGGCUCCUCUUCUGAUCGUCGCAGCUGCCCCUACAGCUCCCGUGCUCGACGCAGCAACAGCUCCGAGGCGCUGCUCGACCGUUCAAGCCUCCCCGAACCUGGACCUCCCCGCAAUGGUAUGCCACCCCGAGCUGGCCCAUACAAGAGCUCCGAGUCCCUCACAGAUGGGAAACUCCGUCAGAUCUAUCAAACCAGUCCGGAGAGGCACAUGAUGGCAUUUAAAGAGCAGGGUAAAAUACGCUCCUCUCUUGGUGGCCAAAGCAGUGGCACAGGCUAUAAUGAAAUUUUGAUGGACUACAUUUGGGGAAAGCAACAACAAAAGAGGCCAGUACAGCCUCAACAGAAUCAGUCAGCUGGGCGAAUCUGGCCAGAUUUCUCCACUCCUCCAUCGGGAACCCCUCCUCACUACAACGGUUUCUCCCACUCGCAGUUACACCUGGCUGGCGCGCCAUCUACUUAUAGCCCCAUGCUGAUGCGGGGCCAAGACGCCGAACCGCGUCGGGUCAAAGUGACACGGACAAAAUCUUGCGGACCCUUUAUCCCUUUACAGCAGCAACAGGACGGCGUGUUGUUCUCGGCUUACGAUCUUUCACAUCCCUUGUCUGGGUCCACCACCUCUUCCAUUCCUAACCUGUUGCCCCACCACACAGAGCUGUCCCCUGCGGCGGCUUUCGGACGCAGACCCCCGCAGUUCUCCCUGCCCACCCCUGAGGACUCCACCCGCAGUCUACACAAAGCACUGGCUCUUGAGGGGCUUCGGGAUUGGUAUCUGAGAAAUGCCCUGGGUUAUUCCACUACGACUAAAGGUCAUGAUGGACUUUCCAUGCGGCAUUCACAUACUCACCACCACCUGGUGCACCAGCCGCAGUCCGUUGCAGCCGACCCACUGUAUUCACACCGUCAAAUACCUCAGUCAGCGUCAUUUCAUGGGCAUCCUUUGCAUGCAAGGUCUGUGGAGCUCUCUCUCUAUCCAGAACCUUUUCCCUCUGACGGGAACACUCAAAAGGAGUCGGGUUCUGAGCCUCCUUCACCCGGAACGCUCGUCUGACCGGCAGCCGGUUUACCCCAGCGCCUCUAAUGCAUAUUGCAAUAUAAUUUGCAACAUGACACUUUGUUUAGGGAUGCACCGGUCCAAUACUGUGCUCAUAUACCUGUACUUAUUAAAAUGCAAAAACCUAUCCCAUGCAUCUUAUGUGCAUUAUUUGUAGCAUUAUGUUAAACAAAGUUAUCUCCUGGAUUACACAAUUACAAGAUCUGUUACACCCAAAAAUGCUCAGCACCAACUCUAUGCAUGUCAGAAAAUCCAACAGAAGCUAUUUGCCAACACAUGAUGAUUUAAUGGUAAGCAGCCUAAGAAGACAGAUAAAAUUGUUGUGCAAAAAAUUCCUUGCAUAUUUUACUAAACUAUAUCAGUCAACUUAUAUAAUUUAUAUUUGGUAUAAAGUAAAUUCAGAGAAUUGUUUCUUAACACGCAAAUGUUUCGAAAUAUUUUGCUGAAAUGCAUUACAACUGUAAACAACAAAGUACUAAAUUGUGGAGUUCCCACAAGUGGGCGUGGUUUUGGCGACAACAGCAGACACGCCCCCAGCUUUUAAGAGCAAAGAUUCCUGCUUAUUUAAUAAUUUGGCAUUCAAAUUUGGUGUUUAAUAACAUGUUUGUGGUGUGACAAAUCAGAACACAUUACAAGGAUUUAAGAAAGAGUAAAUAAUAUUUAGAUUUAAUGAUGCUUUGGUGAUUAGCUGUAAUAAUUACAAAUAACAGAAUUACUAAACUUACAGGCUAAAACUGACUCGUACUCAUUCUCAAUGGUAUCGGUGCAUCCCUAUCUAGUUCAGCGAAUGAGGAGGCAUCUUUAACCAACUGUAUAAUCAAUGUAUUGGCUGUUAUCAAGCUAUAGCUGCAUUUGAUUGUAAACCUGUCUAUCAGGAGAGUUUUUCAUACUCCGUGUGUGUAAUACUGACAAUGUCAUUGUAUUGUAGAGGUACAUUUUCAGAACAAAAUAUAAAUUUCAUCAUCUCUGAUUCAUCAUGAGAUAUAUAUUUUCAGAGAAUAAAAUAGAUUAUAAGAUGUA